UGCACAUAUGUUAUACACCACAUUUUAUUUCAUAUGUUACCAUAUUUUAAUUUCGGCCUACACUUAAUAGCCUAUGUUGUGUGUGUAGCAUGAAGGAACUACAAAAUUAGUUUCAUUAUGCAGCCUUGUGCUGUAUAAUCACUAAUAAUCUACCUUGUACCUUGAACCUUAAAUAGUCAUAAAUCAAACCGGCACAGCAGCACAUCACACUGGAGAGUCAGCACUCGUUUCACUGCAGGUAAAUGAUGGUGUGUGUGUUAGUUCCUCUCCUCUUGACUGUCCUCCUGACUGAGACGUCUGCUUCACUGUCAGCUUCAGCAGGGACGGAGCAGGUCUUUUCAUGCCCACCUCGGUGGCUCCUGUUUGGGCAGAGAUGCUUCGCUUUCUACCCUGUGUGGAGCUCCUGGAGCGAUGCCGAUUUAUUGUGCUUUCAGGCAGCUGGUAAACUGGCGUCGCUUCACACACCAGAGGAGAGACAGUUUGUCCGUCUGCUACCAAACACACACACAACUGUGUGGCUGGGUGGAUACCAGAAACAGCAGAACAGCUCCUGGUUUUGGAGCGACAACUCCUCCUUCAGGAUGAGUGAUUGGACCAAUCAGAGGCAGAGAAAGACCAACAAGGGCGGGGCUUGCCUGGAAAUGGCACCAAAAAGUGGAAAGCUGCACAGCGCCCCCUGUAGAGAGCUCAGGUUCUACAUCUGCUCCACCACAGCCAGCUCCUCUUCUGAAGUCCUCCCCAGCGACAGGAAACCAGGCUUAGUCCCCAGUGUGAGUCUGUUUGAUGUUGUUUGGGGCAACAGCGACUCGUUGGCGGAGGAGAUUCUCCGCUCGUCCUCCUUCCUCAGGGAGCUCCGGUCCGGUCAGCUGACCCAGCGCUGCUACAACAACUUCAUCCAGCAGGAGGCGCUCUAUCUGCACAGAGUCAGCAGCACACUGGAGACCCUGAUGUGUAGUUUACAGGAAGCAGAUGAGAACACGAGAUCACUGCUGCUGGACACACUCAAACACUACAGAAGCAGAAACCAGAGCCUCUUCAUUUCACCUCCCCCACAGUGGCUCCACUUCGCCCUGCAGUCUUUCCACUAUGUGGUUUUGGAGCAGCCGUCUAUUGGCUGGUGGCCCUGUCGGCCCGGGCCUGCCUCCAGGACUUCCUGGCCAGGGAGCAGCUCUUCUCUGAGCUCAAGCCUGGUUCCACGCUGGUGUCUGGGUCUGAGGUUAAGGCUGGCAGCAUCUACCAGCAGUGGAGUGAAGAGAGUCUCAAGGAGGUUGCCUGGAUGCGCAAGUACAGAAAGGUGAUAGGGGAAUACCAGGAUCAGAUGGACGUGUUCAAAGCCAUAAACAUCUUCAGGCAGCACAUGAUGAACCAGAAGAGUUUCUACAAGGCUGUAACCUGUGAUGUAGAGGAUAAUGAAUGAUGAAGAGGAGGAGAGCAGGGGGGGUUGCUGAUGAACCUGAGUCACCAAAUCUUACAUUAUAUUUCCUUAUUUAUUUUUUAAAUUCAGCUUAUAGUGUAUGAGAUAACUGUACCAGAAAAAAACAUCUAACUUAGAAAUACAAUUGUAAACAGUAGCAGUGGUGGUAGUGGAAGUACCAGCUGUAGCAAUAUUACUACAUUAGUAGUAGUACAUAUCAAGAUAUUUAGAUUGCUUUGUUCCCAUCAAUCCUCACCAAAUAGCCUCUUCUUUACAAGAUACACUCAAUCUGUCUUUAUUAACAGUUUAUGUACUACCAUCCUUCAAAGCAGCAGGCACUCUUGAUCCAGGUUUUAGCUAACUACAGACCUACAUCUAACCGCCAAACAGUUCUAACUUUCUACAUAGUUUAUUUGAAGAUUUUCAGUCAGGAUUUAGAGUUCAUCAUAGCACAGAGACAGCACUGGUUAAAAUGACCUUCUAAUUACAUCAAACAAAGGACUUAUUCUCUGUACUUAUAAUGUGCAUUGAUUACGAUGUUGACUACCCGAUGUUGACUACACAGUGUAUUCUAUCCUGGGAAGGAUGAGCAGGCAGCAUUAACGGUGUGGUCUGUUGAAAUGUAACUGGAGAGAUGGUUACUGAGUGAAUAUUAACAUUCCUAAAUACGAUCCAUAACAUUACUGUUAACUGGGGAUUAAUUUCAGUAUGGCUAAUGUACCCUUUCACCCUUCCCCAAACAUAAGCUAAACUAUAGAACACAGAGACAUUUUGACUCAUCAGUCCUCACCACCUGCUGCCUGGGAGAGACCUUGCUGAUGCAGUAGCUCUACCUUGUGUCUGGCUGCUGUGCUUUCUCUUGCCAUGGUGUAUAACUCUUAAAGUUAACUGUAACUGUCUUACCCAACAAUGCUUUGGAAACACUGUUCUUGAAACCUUCAUGCCAAUAAAGCCCUUUAAAUUUAA